GCUGCUUUGGGAUUUACCUUCGCGGAGCCACUUCAACAUGAAGAGUACGGAGGAAUUGGUGACGAGGAUUAAGGAGGCAAACAAGGACUUGAGGAAGGAUGAGGAAUUUGUGUCGGCGGCGUAUGACAUCAAGGAGAUGUUUUGCAAUCUCCCGCACUAUGUUCUUAUGGAGGCGGUCAGAUGGAUUACUGAUUUCUGGGUACUGCAGGGUGCAAAGGGGGUGAUGCUGAAGAACAAAGGCAAGGAGGCAAAAAUUAGAAUGGGAGAAUGUCAGGUGGGAUGGACUGAGACCAGAUUUGUGGAGGUCGUGCGUUUUGUGGAGUUUGAUUUAGGAUGCACGUACGUGAUGGCAGGUGGGAGGAUUUUGAAGCAAAGAAUUGGUAUACCGAUGGGCAAGGCAUCGAGCCCUGCUCUGGCCUGUCUGCUGUCUGCACACGCUGAGUUCACUUUUCUGAAUUCGUUAGGGAUGGAAAGGUACUUGACGUACGGGGCAAGGAUUGUUGACGACAUAUCUAUUUUUGUGAGGUGCAAGAAGGGAGAUGUGGUUUCGAAGAAAAAGGCGGAGAGGGUGAUUGAGAAGUUUGAGAGGUGCUAUCAUGAGAACCUGACAUUGGAAAGAACGGACAAGGGCAGUUUUUGGGAGUUUCUCGGUUGUGUUGUGGGGGUCAAGGAUUGGCCGGAGGGAAUUGUUUGUGCAGCAACUCAUAAGAAUCAGGUUGGAGUACAGAGCGGCCGGUUAGCGUUUCAGAACCUACAGGACUACUGCACCUACUCGAGCCGGCAGCAGAAGCUGGCGGUGAUAAGCUCAUUCCUGUACAGGGCAAAGCGCUACACAACCAUGCAAGGUGCAGAGGCCGUGUUUCUGUUUGCGCUAAAGAUAGAGCUACGAUUGAGGGGCUUCCCGGAUGAAUACUUUGAUACGGCACUCAGAUCGUUCUCUAAGAAGUUCGGAGGGCUAUGGGAGGGCUGGGUGUUGUGUCUGACAGGGUGGGACUGUUAUCAAUGGAGAAGGACCUGACUUUGCUGGUUCUGUCCUUUUCUCAUUUCUUCUCUUCUCUCUGCUCUGAAGGUCUUUUCUGUAUUUCGCUCUGGGUAACUUCUGUCU